AUGGACCCGUCCGCCAGCUUCAAGGUCCUGGCCCUGGGCUUCACCUUGCUUCUCAUUCCGUCUUGGGAAUGGCUCUCGAAAACUUCCGACGUCGUCCUGGAGCCAUAUCUUGACGAGGUCUUCCAUGUUGGCCAAGCGCAGGUCUACUGCGCCGGGGAUUUCACCAACUGGGAUCCUAAGAUUACCACUCCUCCUGGACUCUACCUUCUCUCAUAUCUCGUAUUCCGAAUCACCGGCCGCUGCGACAUCUACGUCCUUCGUGCCCUCAAUUGCUCGCUCGCCCUCUUCAUCGCUCAAGUCUCAUUUUCCAUUCUCGCUAGACUAUAUGGUCUUCUUAAGCAGAAGAGCACAGCCGAGAUCACUGCCCCAUCCGAUCGAAGGAAGACUGCCCUUUUCACCAAUGCGGUGCACACUGCACUUAACAUUUGUCUCUUUCCGCCGCUGUUUUUCUUCUUCGGACUCUACUACACCGAUGUUCCGUCAACCUUCUUCGUCCUGCUAAGCUACUUCUUUGCGCUCCGAACUCAGCAAGAACGCGGCAAAUUCAUGAAGUUCCCAUCAGUAGUCAACACCGUUGUGCUCGGUGUUGCAGCGCUGUUUUUCAGGCAAACCAAUAUCUUCUGGGUUGCCGUUUUCCCUGCUGGCCUUGCUGUCGUCCAGGCGCUCAAGAAGUCUGCGCGUCCUCCUCCUGAAGACGCGAGGGAAGAUACGGUUUCAGACGUGCUUAGGAACAGCUUGAUGUACAUGUCUGUGUACGACAAGCCGGUGCGCUAUGCAUCCAUUGAAGAUUAUCUCAAGAUGGUCAUCUCCCUUGCCGUGGCCGCGUUGCGAAACCCAGUCACAGUGAUAUACUCCGUUGCUCCUUACGCAGUCCUCAUCUUCUUGUUCGGCGGCUUCGUAGCCUGGAAUGGGGGCGUCGUCCUGGGCGAUAAAUCAAACCACAUCGCAACCCUCCACACGCCGCAAAUGCUCUACAUCUGGCCCUAUAUCCUCUUCUUCUCCUUUCCCAUCCUUCUCCCCUCCAUCCUCUCCACACUCCUCUCCCUCCUCCCAACCUCCUUGGUCCCGGCCCCGCUCAGCGCAUUCGUCAAGCCCGGCCAGAAGCAGCUUCUGCCCCGCCUGUGGGUCCUGGCUGCCUGGACACUCGUUGCCUCGGCGUCAGUCUACUUCAACACCAUCAUCCAUCCCUUCACCCUCGCCGACAACCGCCACUACGUCUUUUACGUCUUCCGCAUCCUGCGUCUACACCCGGCCAUCAAGUAUGUCGCCGUACCGGUGUAUGUGCUAGGCGCGUGGGCUUGUCUGCAGGCGCUGGGAUCGGGAUCGCGGCUGGCGGUUGCGGAACGGAUCAAAGCCGUUCCUGCCGCGGUGGAAGAGGAGAAAAAGGACGCGGGUAAAAAUGAAGAGAAGGAAGGAAAGAAGGAAGAGAAGCUCGAGCUUCCGGAGGGCGUGAAGAGCGAGGACUUGGUCGAGGAGGGGUGUCAGGCCAGCUUUGUGCUGGUGUGGUUGGCGACGACAACCUUGAACUUGAUCACGGCGCCGUUGGUUGAGCCGAGAUAUGUCAUCGUGCCGUGGAUCAUGUGGAGGUUGCAUUUCCCGAUCAACUCGGCGGGCAAAGAUGUGGUGCUGGGACCUGCGGCAAAGAAGGAACAUGACAACCAGAAGGAAGACGUGAAGGAGCAAGGCGAGGUGCAUAAUCAGGCUUUGUGGGUGGAGACAGCGUGGUUUUUGGUCGUGAAUGCGGUCACGGGGUAUAUUUUCUUGCAUUGGGGGUUCACGUGGGCUCAGGAGCCAGGAAGGGUGCAGAGGUUUAUGUGGUAG